AUGGCAAUGCCCACCCGCCUCGUUCUUUGCAUGGUUGGCCUGCCGGCGGUGGGCAAGUCGACGCUGGCGGCGGCUGUCGCCGACGCCCACGGCGGGGUGGUUAUCGACGUUGACGCCGUCUACGCCAAUGCUCUCGAUGCCGAUGCCAGCAGUGGUGGCUGCGGUACCGAUGGCUUUGCGCCCGAGCUCUGGCGCGCGGCGAGAGCAGAGGCGCUGGAUGGUCUUCUGGCGGAGGCGCUCGCAGCCGACCCCGACGACGGACCGCGGCUCGUCAUCGUUGAUGACAAUGCGUACUAUGCGUCCAUGCGCCGCGAUGUCGCACGCAGAGUGGCCGAGGCCGCCGAGCGCCACAACGAUGCGCUGGUGCUCGGCCUGGGUUACCUGUACCUUGCUGCAGGCGACACGCUCGACGACGCCGCCGCCGCCAAUGCGGCGCGAACAGGUCUUGCUCGGGUGCCGGACGCAGUGGUCGCCACCAUGGCCGCCCGAUUCGAGCCGCCGACCACGGCCGAGACGCAUGGCGCCCUGAUAACGCUGCCCAUGCAUCCCAACGUCGAUGAUCCGGCGCUGACCGCUCCGCUGGUAGAGUGGCUGGCGAGCCCGCCGGUGGCGAGUCUCCCACUCACAGUCGACGGACGGGCGGCGGCCGAGGCCGAGGCUGCUGCCGCUGCCGCUGCGGCGGCGGCCCUGAUCUGGCAUCGCGGCGUGCGUUUACGGCGGUGA